AUGGAUCCAAAUACAUGGACUGAUGCAACAGUAAAAAUGUUUAAAGACGCGCAACAAAUCGCUUUUCAGCGAAAGGCGCCGUAUAUAGUGCCGAUGCACAUGAUGCAAGCAAUCUUGGACGACGAGCAGAACAUUGUUGUCCGAGUGGUUCAGAUGUGUGGAGGUGACGUGAUGAGGAUGAAGAAUGCAGUUAAUGAAGAGAUUGGGAAAGUACCAGUGCAAGACCCUGCGCCUGUUGAAGUUGGUCUGCACCCAUCCUCACAACAAGUUUUGCGACGAGCAAUGGAAAAACAGAAGGUGAUGGGUGAUACGUACCUUGCACUUGACACAGUGAUCUUGUCACUUGUUGAGGAGAAAGAGGUUUUGAGUGCAGUUGGUGCGUCUGGGAUCAAUGUGAAAGAGUUUACAAAGAAAGUGACUGAGAUGAGAAAGGGGCAGAAGGUCGACUCGAAAGACUCAGAGACGCAGUAUGAAGCACUAAAGAAGUAUGGCAACGAUUUGACAGCACAGGCGGAGUCUGGGAAGAUGGACCCAGUGAUUGGGCGAGACGAGGAGAUCAAGCGAGUCAUUCGAAUUUUGUCACGACGAACAAAGAACAACCCCGUCUUGAUUGGUGAGCCUGGUGUUGGAAAGACGGCGGUUGUGGAAGGCUUAGCGCAGCGAAUAGUGAAAGGAGAUGUUCCUUCGAACUUGCAGUGCAGAGUCAUUGCACUUGAUAUGGGUGCGCUGAUAGCUGGUGCGCAGUACAGAGGACAGUUUGAGGAGCGACUGAAGGCAGUCUUGAAGGAGGUGAAAGAGUCGAAGAUCCCAAUCAUUCUGUUUAUUGAUGAAAUCCACACUGUCUUGGGUGCUGGUGCAACCGGAGAGGGUGCAAUGGAUGCGGCAAACAUCCUGAAGCCAAUGUUGUCGAGAGGGGAGUUGCGGUGCAUUGGAGCAACAACACUUGAAGAAUACAGAAAGUACGUUGAGAAAGACCCUGCCUUUGAGAGGCGAUUCCAGCAGGUCUAUGUGGCUGAGCCGAGCGAAGAGGACACACUGUACAUCCUGAGAGGCAUUAGAGAGAAGUAUGAGAGCCACUACGGACUGACAAUCAUGGACUCAGCUCUUGUUGCAGCUGCAUCGCUAUCAAAGAGAUACAUCAAUGCAAGGUUUUUGCCAGACAAGGCAAUCGAUUUGGUUGAUGAGGCGUGUGCAACACUCUUCACACAGAAGAACUCGCAGCCUGAGGAGAUCGACAACUUGGAAAGAAAAGACACACAACUGACAGUCGAGAAGAUAGCACUUGAGAGAGAGCUGAAGCAGACAACAGAGGACCAGAAGGGAAACAUAAAGAAGCGACUGGAGGAGAUAGCAAAGGAACUGUCAAACAACACUGACAAGUUGACAAAGCUGAGAGCAAACUACGAGAAGGAGAAAGGUGGCAGCGAAGAGCUCAAGACGCUUGCGCAGAAAAUAGAAGAUAUGAAACACAAGGCGGAAACAACAAGAGAUCUUGAGGUUGCCGCAGACUUGAAAUAUUAUGCAAUUCCAGAGGCAGAGAAGCGACUCACAGAAUUGAAGAACCAGACAAAAGAGACAUCGAUGCUGUCGUUGCAAGUGACCCCACAGCUGAUAGAAGAUGUGGUGAGCAAAUGGACAGGCAUCCCAGUGAGCAGAAUGACACAGAGCGAGAAGACAAGACUCCUGAAACUUGGGGACGAGCUGCACAAGAGAGUUGUUGGGCAGGACGAGGCCGUGACUGCAGUCUCUGAGGCCAUUCUGAGAAGCAGAAGUGGUCUUGGGUCAGACAAGCGACCGACUGGGUCGUUCAUGUUCCUUGGACCAAGUGGUGUUGGCAAGACGGAGCUUGCAAAGGCACUUGCAGAGCAGCUGUUUGACGACGAGAACAACAUUGUCAGAAUCGACAUGAGUGAGUACAUGGAGUCACACAGCGUCUCACGACUGAUUGGAGCGCCACCGGGAUACGUUGGACACGACGAGGGUGGACAAUUGACAGAGGCAGUCAGAAGAAGACCAUACAGCGUUGUUCUGUUCGAUGAAGUCGAAAAGGCGCACCAGCAAGUGUUUAAUGUGUUGCUGCAGGUGCUUGAUGACGGGCGUCUCACAGAUGGAAGAGGAAGAACAGUUGACUUCAAGAACACAGUCAUCAUCAUGACAUCAAAUCUCGGCAGCGACAUUCUCCUCAACGGCACAACAAAGGAUGGGAACCUCAAAAGUGGUGUGAAAGAAGCUGUGCUCGACAACGUCAAGAAGUUCUUCAAGCCCGAGUUCAUCAACAGACUUGACGACAUAGUAGUCUUCACACCAUUGAGACAAGAAGAGUUGCGAAAGAUCGUGAAAAUGCAGAUGAAAGACAUUGUCGCAAGAAUCAAAAAGAGCUACCCAACAUGCGACGUCGAGUUGACAGAGAAGGCAGUUGAUCAGAUCAUCACGGUCGGCUUCUCGCCACAGUAUGGAGCAAGACCAAUGAGAAGAUACCUCGAGAAGAAGAUAGUCACAGACAUCUCAGUUGCUAUCAUCAAGGGCGACUUGAAAGAAAACAAAAAGAUUGUGGUCGGUGCAAAGGAUGACGAGAUCACUGUCACCAUCCAAUAA